GCCCAAAAGAGAGAAGGUAACAGAGCUAGUUUCUCAAUUCAAACCGGGAGGAAAUUCACUAGAAAAGGAUAAAAUCUUUCUCCUGCUAAAGAUCAUAAAAAAUCAGCUGCAGCCACUUUUCAAAGAUGUUUUCGCGAAGGCUUUUGAUUAUUAAUAGUUGUACUGACUCAUAAGAGCAACCCUCCGCUGCUUUGCUAAGGUAACCUCUCCUCUGGUACCGCAACUCUCACCAAUGAUGUGCUUUUUCCUGGGAGGAAGGCGGAGUUGGGAGUUGGUGUCGGGGCCAUAAAUAAGAGGGUCCCAUGUCAGGGGAAGGAGGAGAAGUCAGCGAAGAGGAGCUGUGUACUGGCAGCGAGCGUCAGAGGGCUUUCCUGAACCUCCCCGCUGCCCAAACCCCAACCGCCGGCGCCAGCCACCAGGCAGCAGCAAUUAGGGAGUUGAGCUGGAAAAGCCAAGCGUGAGGAAGCCUUUCUCCCUGGAGGAGCCAGCCUGGCCAUGGAGCCCGUGCCCAGCGCCCUGCUGCUGUGGGCGCUGCUGGUGCUGAGCCGGGGGCCGGCGGCGGUGGGGGGCUGCAGCUGCGCCCCCGCGCACCCCCAGCAGCUCAUCUGCGACGCGGCCCUGGUUAUUCGAGCAAAAAUAACCAGUGAAAAGGUGGUUCCUGCCAGUGAUGAUCCUCUUGAUACCCACAAAAUGAUCCGGUAUGAAAUCAAACAAAUAAAGAUGUUUAAAGGAUUUGAAAAGCUCAAGGAUGUCCAGUACGUCUAUACCCCUUUUGAUUCGUCACUCUGUGGAGUGAAACUAGAAGCUAAUAACAAAAAACAGUACCUUCUGACAGGACAAAUUUUAAAUGACGGUAAAGUCCUCAUCCAUUUAUGCAACUACAUCGAACCAUGGGACGAUUUAUCCUUGUCGCAGAAGAAGAGCCUUAAUCAGAGAUAUCAAAUGGGCUGUGGCUGCAAAAUCACGACCUGCUACAUGGUGCCCUGUUCCAUCACCACACCAAACGAGUGCCUCUGGACGGACUGGCUGAUCGAAAGAAAGCUCUACGGGCACCAAGCCAAGCACUACGCCUGCAUCAAGAGAAGUGAUGGCACCUGCAGCUGGUACCGAGGUGGUCCUCCCCCAGAGAAAGAGUUUAUUGAUAUCAGCGAACCUUAAAACCAUCACUUCCUAAAAAGCCUUGGAGCCCAAUACCAUCCAACACUGCACGCUCACAGCUUUGAACUGCCAUCCUCUAAUGUAUCUGUUGCUUAGAAACAAAAACAAAUUGUCCUGUACAGCUAAAGUACGAGUCUGGGGAAUUGGCACUCGCGCAAGAUGAGGAACAAGCCUCCUGGAGGUAGCUUCUCCAUAAAGUUAUGCUUUGUACAGAGAGGCUCAAGCUGAGAGUGCUCCUCUGUGUCCUCUGAGGCAUAACGAGUUGCCCCUUUACCAAUAUGAAUGUACAAGAACAAAAGAAUUGCCAGAAUUGUGUCCCCUGAUUCUCUUAACCUACAGAUUAAGAGCGCCCCAUGUUUUAUUCCAAGUCUUUCCAAUGAACUACGGAAUGUUUUAUAGAACUAUUUUUUUUCUGUAUGAAAGUUUUCUGAUACAAAAGAAUUAUUGUACAGUGUAUAUGUAAAGUAUUAUAACAAUGUGCUAUAAAAAAAAGAUUCAAAAAAUCCUGUAUUUCCUUAUCUGUUGAAACAAACUGAACACUUUGUGAUUAAAACAAUCUGUGCUCCGUAUUUUGUAUGUUACUUACACCAUAGCUUUCUUUACCUACAUAGUUGUAGCCUUCCUUGAUAACUAAGUUAAAAAACAGCCUUGAUAAUCAAAAUCCUCUUACCCAAUUCAAUAUUCCUAUGGACUGGCUAUAACUUGUUGAAAGAAAAACCAGAUGUUCUAACAUUUCUGCAUUUUAUGGAACCAACACAAAUAACGACAGGCUAAAACUGCUUAUAUUUACAGAAACCACGUCCGUCGUCACGGCAGCCGCGGUACUCGAUAAUGCCUCUAAAUCUGUGACUUGCUCGUUGUAUUUCAGCUGCUAAAGCCUUGGCUUUAGAAACUCACAUCCAAAUCCAUGCAAUAGGUACUGAACAACUUCCACUGCAAGUGACUUCUGCAAAGCUCUCAAAUGUUUGACCAUAUUUAAUAGUUUACAUUUGCAUUAAUGAUUUUUCAUUCAUCAAUACCCAUCCUACUCUGUCAUAAUGAAUUUGGUAACUCACGAACUUAUACUGGAGAAGUGGCACAACAGAUUUUGCCUUUUAGUUUUUUUGUGUCUUAACUUCUAUGAAUUGAUUACUGUAGUUAGUUAAUUAAUCUCACACAUGUUUACGUUUACAAAAGUAAUUCAUUUCACAGUGGUAAAACUUAAGAAAUUUUUUCCGUAAAUGCCAAAGGUUAGACAGUUGUCCAACUGCUUGUGUUCUAGAAACUGGAUGAGAACUGUCACGCAGGAGAUGAAUCUCUAAAACUGCCAUUUCUGAUGUAUUUUAUCCUCUCCAGUUCUCUCCGUUGGGUUUCCUUCACUGCAUUCCCAUUUUGGCUAGAAAUUACCCUCACGUAUUCCUCAUAGGUGAACUUCAAAUGACAGGCAGAGAUGUGGACAGUUGUGUUCUUGUUUGGUUUGAUCAGGGCUACUUCAAGGUCUAACACCAACGUUUUACUCACCCUGCUAACGACCCUUCUGGCCCACAGGCUCAUUAAGAACCGGAGCUGUUACAGCCUGUUGGUUCGAGGGUCCAGAUUUCCAAACAGUGCCUUCAGUCUGGUUGCUCCAGCAGCCACAUAAAAGCACUGGGACAAACUUGCAGAGAAAGUGUGAGCAUCUUUAAGUGUAUAAGGCUUUUCUAAUUCCAUUUAAUUGGAUGCAAUAGUAGCGUAGAGAUAAAAUUCAGCAUGUUCCACGUAUCCUGUCACACCCUACGAUAUGCUGUAUUGGAUAGAGAACACAGACUUGCAAAAAAAAUCCCUGUAUAAAUUAUUUUUGUGACAUACUGUGUUCAUGUUUCUAAUGUUUAUUUUGACAAUUGCAUCAAUCCGUAUUUAAAGGAUAGGUUUGAAAACACUAUUGGGAGAAUAAAUGUUCUUACUUAAAAUUUUUAUAGCCAAACUUGUACAAUUCCAAUCAAGUUCAAAUGGUGCAAGGCCAAUAGGAAGAAAUGUCGUUAUUCCUUUUAGGAAUAUAUGUCCCUUAAUAGUCAAAGCUUCAUUUAUUAUUUACUGUAGACCAGUUUUGCUGUUUGAAUUUACAAUCCUACAUUAAAACACCAUAUAUUUGUGUUGCCAAAUGGAAAGCCUAGCUCUUUUUCUGCUUUGCUAAGGACAAACAAAAAGCUACCUAACGCUAAUUUGGACCAUAGACUUAUUAUGGCUACUUACAUAAUGAAAAG